UGUUCGAGAAAUUGUCCAAAUAUAUCGGGAGAACAUCAAGCUGCUGGUCGACUCGUCCUGACGGUACUUUACUGCUUCCGGCUGCACGACGAUCGGGUGUAUUAUGUCAGUGAGAAGAUUUUAAAGUUGGCGACAAACAUCGCGCGGGACAAGCUGGUGUCUCUGGGGACGUGUUUCGGGAAGUUCACCAAGACGCAGAAGUUCCGGCUUCACAUCACCGCUUUGGAUUUUCUCGCUCCGUAUGCAAAGUACAAGGUCUGGGUGAAGCCUAGGCGCUGAGGCAUCCUUCCUGUAUGGAAAUCACGUCUGAAGGAUCCGGCCUGGGAGGAUCACGGAGACACACAGGCACACCCGGGGGCGGCACGCGGAUGCGGGGGGGGAUGGCGCCCGGGGCUUCGGCGUGGCAGCAAAGUACCACUCAGGGAGUGCCGGAAAACUUGACCCGAUGGCCAUCGUGGUUUUCCACCAGGCCCGACAUUGGCGAGUUCAUCAGACAUGAAGAUAGACCCCAACAUAA